CCGAGAUGAAGUGAAAACCAAGUGGAGCGUCUCAGAUUUCAUCAGAGCCUUCAUCAAGUUCCACGGCCACGUCUACCUGAGCAAGAGUCUGGAUAAACUGGACGCUCUGAGGGAGAAACUGGAGGAGCAGUUUCAGAAGCUCAUCCUGCAGAAGGCCUUCAGCUCUCAGCAGCUGGUUCACAUCACGGUCAUCAACCUGUUCGAGCUCCAUCACCUCAGAGAGCUGCCGUCUGAAGGAGGGGAGCCGAGCUGCAGCGAGCAGCCAAUCAGCUGGUUCCAACUGCUGGGGCUCUUCAUGUCCUUCCUGGGCGUCAUGUGCAGCCGAGCUCUGCUCAACAAGAGUCGUGGGGAGGAGAUAAUGGGCGAAUGUCCUCUUCCCGCCAUCAAAGUGUCUCUUGAUUGGCUCAGACUGAGACCCAGCGUCUUCCACGAGGCCGCCGUCGACCAGAGGACGCAUAUCUGGCCCUGGCUCGUCUCCAUCCUCAACAGUUUCCAGCCCAAAGAGGACGACGUGACCUGCCCCUCAGUGACGCCCCUGCCGGAGGAGUUUGAGCUGCAGGGUUUCCUGGCGCUGCGUCCCGCUCUCAGGUCCCUGGACUUCACUAAAGGACAUCAAGGAAUCCUUGUGGACCGGGACGGGCUGCCGCUGCAGACCCGCCACCAGAGGCUCAUCAGCCUGGGGAAGUGGGUCGCCGACAACCAGCCGGGUUUGAUCCAGUGCAGCGUGAGUGAAGAUGGUCUCCUCCUCUUCAUCACCGAUAUCCCCGAGCAGGCCAUCGAGGAGCCGCUGGAGAAAGAGAAGGAGGCGCCGGUUCUUCAGGAGUCGUCUAACGCCGAGCAGCAGCCCAACGACGGGUUAGGGAACUCCGGUUUGAAGUCUGUGCUUUCAGCGGGGAAGACGCAGAGCUCGUGGCCCGACGGUGGAGAACGGCCCGUCGUCACCUUCAAGGAAAACAUCAAACCCCGAGAGCCGAGUCGCAGUCAGCAGCUGAAGGACAGCGGGAAGGAGAGGCGAGACUUCAACAAGGGGAACGGGGUUGCUGCUGGGAAAACGGAGCCGAAGAGAGAGAGAGACGGCAAGAGGAAGAGCGAGAUGAAGAAAGCCCCGCACGAGAAAACAGCCGACGCCGGGAAACAGGUGAAGGCUCAGACGGAGCUGAGGAAGACUCCAGUGUCCGAGGCCAAGAAGACACCUGUCACUCAAACUCAGACCCAGACCCAGACUCAGUUCAUCCCCAUCCACCAUCCAGGAGCCUUCCCCCCCCUACCCAGCAGACCUGGUUUCCCCCCCUCUGCCUAUGUGAUCCCCCCCCCGGUGGGCUUCCCUGGUCUGCAGGUGAACCCCGGCUUCACCUUCUCCUCCGGGGUCUCCGUGCCCCCCUUCCUGCAGGCGGGGGUGCUCAGCCAGCAGGGGGUCCAGGGGGGUGGGAAGCCGUCUCACAUCCCCUACAGCCAGCAGAGACCCUCAGGACCCCCUCAGGGACCAGGAGCCUCGGGGGGGCAACAGCAGCUGCAGGUCCAGGCCAUGAACCAGAACCAGAACCACCAGCAGCAGCAGCAGAGCCCCACCAAACCAGGGGGGCAGCAGAUGGGGAAGAGCCCCCCCCACCACCCAGGGCUGCAGCAGUACAUGCAGGAGCAGCCGGCUCAGAUGUGGUCUCAGGCCCAGGCGGCGCUGCAGAAUCUGUCUCCGAUGCAGAUGUCCAUGAAGCAGCCUCCCCCCCCCCAGCAGGGCUUCUACAUGACCCCCGACCCCCUGAAGAUGUACGAGCACCAGCUGCAGCCCCCCGCCCCCCCCCCGCAGCUCUCCAUGGACAAGAAGAUGAAGUUCCCCAGCGUGAAGAUGCAGGACUUCUACUGGGAGCCGUCCUACAGGAUGGGAGAGGGGCUGGCAGUGAUGGCCGACCGCAUGAAGAGGGCCCCGCCGGGGGGGAUGUGCUCCGAGCAGGAGGGCCAACAGGGGCCCCGCGGACCCCCGUUUGAGCUGCCCAAUCAGAACCGGAUGGAGAGCGGCCCCGAGGUUGUCGGCCAAUCAUCUUCUCUGCUGCCUAUGUCUGGGUUCCCCAUGCAGGAGUACAACCAGAACAGCAUCUUCAGUCAGGCGUACGGGAAGAGCCUGCCUCCCAGCUCCAAGCCCGAAGCUCCCAUGAUGCACCAGGAGCCGUCGCUCUACUCCCUGUUCGAGGGCACGCCCUGGUCCCCCUCCCUCCCCGCCAGCUCAGAUCACUCCACCCCUGCCAGCCAGUCCCCCCACUCCUCUAACCCCAGCAGCCUGCCCUCCUCCCCCCCCACCCACAACCACGGAGCCAUGCCCUUCUCUAACUUCGGGCCCAUCGGCACUCCGGACAGCCGGGACCGCAGGGUAGUGGACCGCUGGAAGGCCGACAAGACCGGGUUCGGACUGGACUUCCUGCCAGCGCCGGCCUCUUCGGGGUCCGACAGCAGCUGGCAUCAGGCCCCACCCCCCGGCAGCUCCUGGGCCAAUCAGGAGUCUCCGAUGGAGGAGUCGUCCACAGUGCUGCUCGACAGCCUCAAGUCCAUCUGGUCCGGCUCCAUGCUGCAGACGGGCCCCUCGGCUCUGGAGCAGCUCCUCCAGCAGCAGAAGCAGAAGCAGCGCGGCGCCAUGAACCCGCCGCACUGAAACCCAGCCGGGCGGCGCCGAGAGUCGCAUCCAACGCACCCAACGGGAGGAGAGAGAACCGCCCAGUUUGACCCAAACCAGCUCCAACUCAAAAAUGGGAAAUUAAACCUUUAAAGCGAGAGAAAAGGUGGGAGGCUGGGGAGGCGAGGAGCCCCACGAGGACCGAGGACCAGAGGGCGGAAAUAUGAACAUUGAGGAACAUAUUCGCCCCCAAAACUCACCAUUGUAACCCCCAGAACUCACCAUUGUAACCCCCCAACUCACCAUCAGAGACCCCCCUUACUCCCCUGUUAAGGACAGAUUCCUCCCUCACAGAAAAAUAAAUAAAAAACCUAGUGGGCGUCAACAGGUCCGGUUUGAGCGCCUGUUUUUAGCGUCUCAGCCGCCGCAGAUUGACGUGAGGUGUGUGAGGGGGGGGGGGGCAGAAGGGGGGGGGGUCAGGUGAGGCACCAGGGGGGGGGGUCAACAUAGACUUUCUGAUCUCUUUAUUCAUUUUCAUUGCUGAGAAGGAGGAAGGGAGGACGGACCGGGUUGGGGGGUCGGCUAUAUAAAUAUAUCAGUCAGUAUAUUGCCAUAGUUGGACUUUUUGAGCCUGAAACACCCAGCCCCCCCCCCC